AUGGCGUCCGAGAUAUCCCUAGAAGAGAUAAAGAAUGAAACGGUCGAUUUAGAAAGUUUGCCGAUCGAAGAAGUAUUCCAACAGCUAAAAUGCUCUCGGAAUGGGCUAACGUCCGAGGAGGGGAUGAAGAGGUUGGGGAUCUUCGGGCCCAACAAAUUGGAGGAAAAGAAGGAGAGCAAAGUGCUAAAGUUCUUAGGAUUUAUGUGGAAUCCGUUGUCGUGGGUGAUGGAGGUCGCCGCCAUUAUGGCCAUUGCCUUGGCUAAUGGAGGGGGCAAGCCUACGGAUUGGCAAGAUUUUGUUGGGAUCGUCGUGCUCCUUUUGGUUAACUCUACGAUUAGCUUCAUCGAAGAAAACAAUGCCGGAAAUGCGGCCGCAGCCCUUAUGGCUGGCCUUGCCCCCAAAACCAAGGUUCUGAGGGACGGAAAAUGGAGCGAGCAAGAGGCUUCAAUUCUGGUCCCCGGCGACAUUAUAAGCGUGAAGCUGGGAGACAUCAUCCCCGCCGACGCCCGUCUCCUCGACGGCGAUCCCCUCAAGAUCGACCAGUCCGCCCUCACCGGCGAGUCCCUCCCCGUCACCAAGCACCCCGGCGCCGAGGUCUUCUCCGGCUCCACCUGCAAGCAGGGCGAGAUCGACGCCGUCGUCAUCGCCACCGGCGUCCACACCUUCUUCGGCAAGGCCGCCCAUCUCGUCGACAGCACAAACAACGUCGGCCACUUCCAGAAAGUCCUCACCGCCAUCGGCAACUUCUGCAUCUGCUCCAUCGCCUUAGGCAUGGCCAUCGAGAUCAUCGUCAUGUAUCCAAUCCAGCAUAGAAAAUACCGCGACGGAAUCGACAACCUCCUCGUCCUGCUCAUCGGCGGGAUCCCGAUCGCCAUGCCGACUGUCCUGUCCGUCACCAUGGCCAUCGGCUCCCACCGCCUGUCGCAGCAGGGCGCGAUUACUAAGCGCAUGACCGCCAUCGAAGAAAUGGCGGGCAUGGACGUGCUCUGCAGCGACAAGACCGGGACGUUGACGCUCAACAAGCUAACCGUCGACAAGAACUUGGUCGAGGUUUUCGACAAGAACGUGGACAAGGACACCCUCAUGCUACUCGCGGCCCGAGCUUCACGAGUCGAGAAUCAGGACGCGAUUGACGCUUGCAUUGUUGGCAUGCUUAGUGAUCCGAAGGAGGCGAGAGCUAAUAUUACCGAAGUGCAUUUCUUGCCCUUCAACCCGGUGGACAAGCGCACUGCGAUUACCUACUACGACGCGAAUGGAGAUUGGUAUCGGUGUAGCAAGGGCGCUCCCGAGCAAAUCAUCGAGCUUUGCCAACUCAAGGGUAGCGAUUUAAAGAGGGCGCAUGAGGUCAUCGACAAUUACGCCAACCGUGGUCUUCGCUCCCUCGCCGUUGCGCGCCAAAGUGUUCCGGAAAAAUCAAAAGACAGCGCCGGUGGACCUUGGGAGUUUUCCGGUUUGUUGCCUUUGUUCGACCCUCCAAGGCACGAUAGCGCGGAGACCAUUCAAAAGGCUCUUGAUCUCGGCGUCAAUGUUAAGAUGAUCACUGGCGAUCAGCUCGCCAUUGGUAAAGAGACGGGCCGUCGACUCGGCAUGGGCACCAAUAUGUAUCCAUCUUCUUCCCUUCUCGGACAAGGCAAGGACGACUCCGUUGCCACGAUCCCGGUUGAAGAGCUCAUCGAAAAGGCAGACGGCUUCGCCGGGGUCUUCCCAGAGCACAAGUACGAGAUCGUGAAGAAGUUACAAGAGAGAAAGCACAUAUGCGGCAUGACCGGCGACGGUGUGAACGACGCGCCGGCGCUUAAAAAGGCAGACAUUGGCAUUGCGGUGGCGGAUGCGACGGAUGCAGCCAGGGGCGCAUCGGACAUUGUUCUGACAGAGCCGGGGCUAAGCGUGAUCGUCCAUGCCGUUCUGACAAGCCGGUCUAUCUUCCAAAGGAUGAAAAACUACACCAUCUACGCGGUGUCCAUCACGAUACGUAUCGUGCUGGGGUUCAUGCUCAUUGCCUUGAUCUGGAAGUUCGACUUCUCGCCCUUUAUGGUCCUCAUUAUCGCCAUCCUCAACGACGGAACUAUCAUGACCAUCUCAAAGGACCGGGUCAAGCCGUCUCCAAUGCCCGACUCGUGGAAGCUCCGGGAGAUCUUCAGCACCGGCAUCGUCCUCGGCGCCUACUUGGCUAUCAUGACUGUCAUUUUCUUCCACUUGGCUCACGACACCGGCUUCUUCUCGAGAAAAUUUGGGGUUCGGCCAAUCGCGGACAACCACAACGAGAUGAAUGCAGCUUUGUACCUGCAAGUGAGCAUCAUAAGCCAAGCGCUGAUCUUCGUGACGAGGUCUCGAAGCUGGUCGUUUGUGGAGAGGCCCGGGAUGUUGCUGCUGAGUGCCUUCUUGAUAGCCCAGCUGGUUGCGACGCUUAUCGCUGUCUAUGCCCACUGGGGAUUCGCCAAAAUGAGCGGCAUCGGCUGGGGAUGGGCAGCUGUCAUCUGGGUCUACAGCAUCAUCACCUACAUCCCGCUCGACAUCCUUAAGUUCCUCAUCCGAUUCGUACUCAGCGGCAAAGCUUGGGACUCCAUGAUCCAAAGCAAGACGGCCUUCACGACAAAAAAGGACUACGGAAAGAAAGAGAGAGAAGCACAAUGGGCACAAGCACAACGCACCCUCCACGGCCUACAAAAUCCCGACACGGCGGCGCUCUUCCAAGACAGGAACUUCCGGGAGUUGUCUGAAAUCGCCGAGCAGGCAAGGAGGAGGGCUGAGGCUGCAAGGCUGAGAGAGCUGCACACCCUUAAGGGACACGUGGACUCCGUAGUGAAGCGCAAGGGAUUGGAUAUCAACACGAUCCAGCAACACUACACUGUGUAA